AUGGCAGUUCUGGAUAGAGAUGUUCAGCAGGGAGACGAGACAGGGUCCAUCGCCUCCACAUCCAGGGACAGAGACGAGACGAGAGGCAGGGUCCAUGCUUUCUGCCGAUACGCGGACGACUACCUGGUCUUGUUCGAGGGCAGUGACGACAUCCUCAACACGUGGGUCAACCAGCUGAACAGCAAGGACUCCAGCAUCAAUGUCACCACUGACUUGGAAGUAAACCGACAGCUACCGUAUCUUGACAUCUGCAUCACUAGAAGAGACGACAAGUUCUGCACCAAGGUCUACAGGAAGUCCUGCAACACCAACCAAGUGCCUGCCUUCAGCUCCUACACCGAGACCCGCUACCUGAGAGCGGCCAUUCGAUCUGACUGCACUCGAGCGAUCCGAUACUGUUCGUCCAUGAGAGACCGCCAGCAGGAGCUUGACUUCAUCCGCCAGAAGUUUCAUCAUCAUGGCUACCCACGAUCAUUCAUCGACUCGGCCAUUCAGAAGACUCGGACCGAUCUCAGACUGAAGGCAAGGGCCCUACCAGCGCCACCUAGCGCGAACUCACACCCGGCGCCUGUCCGAGUCUCUGUUCCGUUUGCCGGCCCCCUGUUCUACCAACUCAAACGGGAGGCCAGCAAGAUCGGGAUCCAGCUCGUCUCCAAGCCUUCAGUCACCAUCGGCUCGCUGCUCUGCAGCAAGGCUAAGCACCAACUGCCUAAGCUACAACAGAGCAACGUCAUCUAUCGGAUCGAGUGCUCCUGCCAAGUGGAGGGCGAUCCCGCGCCACCGGUCACCAGUGAGGUGCAGCUGAUCUGUGAGAGGGCCGCCGGCGGCGCGCUGCCGGCGGCGCUGCUGCGCCUGCUCGCUACCGUCGCCGGCGCCGACGGGCGCGCUGCCGACUCGGAGUGGCCCUGGAGAGGCGCCGACGAGCACGGUGCGCCGCUGACGGAGCUGUUUGCAGCGGCGGCCGGCGGCCUCAGCCAGCGCCCACCGCUCUGCACCGCCGUCGUGGCCGCCAUCUUUCGGGAGCGGCUGACGACGCUGUCCAGCCAGCUGGCGUUCCUGUCGCAGUUCUGGUCGGGGGGCCGGCGGAGCGUGACGGUACAGACGGCCGCGCUGUCGGUGAGCGCCGCACUGCUGACGGCGGCGCCGGCCCACCGCCUGCCGCCGCUGCUGGCCGCCGACCAGCCGCUGGUGGCCGCUCUGCUGGCGGCUCUGCUGUCGCCCCGCUCUCAGGUGCGUGCCGCUGCCAUCCAGUGCCUCACCAAAUUGUCUACGGCGAAGGUGGCCAAGGCCAAGUGUGCGCUGCUGCCACUGGUCGAUCACGUGACCGCUUCUGGGCCCGAGCUAAUCGCCGACGCCGGGGCGCUGCCGCGGUGCCUGGCGGGCGCCGGCCGGCCGGCCAUCAACCACCUGGUGCGUCUGGUGGUGGCAGAGAGCGCCUCCGACCACGUGCGCGCCGCGCUGGCCUCGCUGCUGCCGCCUCUGGCCAACCAGAGCACGCUUCGCGCCUGCGCGCCGGUGCUAUCGGGCCUGGUGGCCGAGUGUGCUGGCGGCGCCCGGCCGGCGGCGGCUCGCGCUCAGCUGGCGGCCGCUCUGCUCGGCCUCGUCAGGCCGGCCACGGCCGGCGCACUGGCCGACGCGGCCGUCUGGGCGCCGUGGGCAGCCGCGCUCUCCGAUGCCUCCGACUUGCUGCAGGCGCCGGCUCUCCGACAGGUGACCAAGGCGCUGUGGCCGGCCAUGGACGACACCACGCAGGCGCGCCUGCUGGCGCUCCUGCUUGACCUGUGCACAGACGCGCGCCACGCCGAGGAGGCUGCGCGGCUCCAAAAGGUACUGCGUCGCGCUCCGCUGCCGACCGAGCUGUGGGUGGAGCAGCUGGGCGUGCAGCCGCCGCCGGCCGCCAGCCACACGGUCCGCCGCACCAGCCGCGCCAGGAGUGCGCCGGCCGCCGACCCGACUCUGGCUGCCGACGAGGCGGACGUGACGGGCCGCGUCUGGCGCCGGCGGCGCCUGCUGCUGGAGGCCCUGGCGGCGCGCCGCCGGCCCGGCGACGAGGCGCUGCUGGUGGGCGCGCUGCUGGCGCUGCUGCGUCGUCUGCUCUGUGUGGCCGACCAGCCGGGCGCCGAGUACCUGACACAGCUGGGCCUCAGCUGUGUGCAGCAGGCCUGCGGGCACCUGCUGCGGCAGGGCCGGCCGCCGGCCCGCCUGGCGGCCACCUUCAGCGUCGACACGCUGGUGCAGUGUGUGCGCCGCUCGCCGAGCCCCCACACUCAGCAGCUGGCGCUCACUGUUCUCGGCCAGGCCGCCCGCAUCGUCCCCGAGACGGUGCUGCACAACACGAUGGCCGUGUUCACGUUCAUGGGCUCGUCGAUGCUGCGCCAGGACACAGAGUACAGUUUCGACGUCAUCCAGCGAACGGUGGAGAACGUGGUGCCGGCUCUGGUGCAGGCGUCGGAGCUGGUAGGGACGGCCGCCGAGCCGCUGGCGGCCGUGCUGCGUGUGUUCGUGGACGCUCUGCCAGACGUGCCGCGCCACCGGCGGCUGCCGCUCUUCGCGCACCUGCUGCGCACCGCCGGCGAGCGGCGCCACCUGGGCCUGUGUCUGGCCAUGAUCUCCGACCAGCUGGCCACGCGCGGCGACCUCGGCGACCAGCUGGCCGAGCACACAGUACUGGCUGCGGGUGAUCGCGGUGCGCCGCUGCUGGUCGACUUUGCCGUCUCGCUGUGCGGCCAGUUCGCCGUGGACGUCCAGCUGGAGAGCUGCUGCCAGCUAAUUAGCCACUCCGAGGCGCUGCUGCUCAGACAUCACGAGUCGGCGGGCCGCGCGCCGGACACGGGCGUUGGUGAUGGGCCGGCCCUGUUCGACCUGGACGCCUACUCGGAGAAACAGCUGCACCGGCACUGCCACACGGCCAUCAGCGUGGUCGCCCACCUGCUGGCCUCCGAGACGUUUGUGGUGCAGAGCGCUGCGCUGGACGCGGCGGGCGCAGCAGCCGCGCGACAGCGGCACCAGCAGCUGCUCGAGGGCGCCAUCCGGCUGAUGGGCGUGUGUUCGCGCCUGUGCCACUCGGCACUGGCGGGUCGGCCGCAGGCGACUCGCCACCUCCGCGCCAUCCUCCACCGGCUCUACGACCUGCUGGACAAGGUGAACGCUCUGCUGCCCUGGGCCACCCUGCUGCCGGUGGUGUCGGCGCUGAUGGCCAGUGAUCUGGCCGCGGUGCGCCGGCGCGCCAUGGACCUGCUCUCGUCCCGCCUGCAGCUGCAGCACGACGGCUUCUCCGAGAGCGACGUGCCGGCGCUGCUGGCCAUCACAGACGAGCUGGUGGCCGCCGCCGGCGCCGAGUCGGAGGACGGCUCCGCCCUGAGCCGGCAGACUGCGCUGUUUGCCGUCAAACUGCUGAGCCGGCGGCUGUCGGCCGACCAGCCCCGCCACUUUGUCCAGGUGCUCGGCGCCGUGUGCUCGCUGGCGGCCGGCGGCCAGCUGCCGGCGCCGCUGCUGGCCUCGGUGCUGCUCUGCCUGGCCGAGCUGGUGGCCGGGCUGCGCGCGCACGCCGUCGGCCGGCUGCCGGCCGUGGCCGCCGUGCUGCUGGCCGCGCUCUCAGACUCUGACCGGCUCAGCGACCAGCUGCUGCUGCUGUCGGCCGUGACGCUGACGCUGAAGCUGACCGAGGCGCUGGCCCACUUCAUCUCUCCGUACGUGGCCGAUCUGGUGGCGCACGUCAGCCGGCUGUCGGCCGCGCACGGCACCGACGGCGCCGGCGUCCUGUCACACCGGCUCAGCCAGACACGACGGCGGCUGGCCACCGGCGUGCCACUGCGGGUGCUGCUGCCGGCCGUGGACCAGUGCUUCGGCAGACUGGUGGCCGACGGCGCGGCGGACGCGCUGGCCGCUCUGAUGGCUGUGCUGUCGGAUGCGGCGCGAUGGGCCGAUGUGGCGGAGCUGAGCGCCGCCCUGCCGUCGCUGCAGUCGCUCACUGUCCGGGCGCUCGAGUUCCGCGCGGCCGGCGGCGCACACCCGGCCACCGCGCGCCGCGUGGAGGCCGCCGUGCUGGAGGCCGUGACGUGUGUGGUACCGCGGCUCUCGGAGGCCACCUUUGGACCGCUGCUGGUGCGCCUGCUCGACUGGGCGAGCGGCGCUGGCGCCCCCACCGCGCGGCUCGUCACUUUCUUCAGGCUGACGGACGCACUGGCCGGCCGGCUGCAGGGUCUCUUCGUGCUGUUCGCCGGACACCUGGUGCGGCCGCUGGCAGCCGCGCUCAGCGGCGCCUCCAGUCUCUCGGAGCGACCGCUACUGCCAGGUGACGAGGAGAGCUCUUGCGAACUGGCCGAGUACGCCCUGGACACGCUCACCAAGGUGUGCCAGCACGACACAGAGGGCUUCCUCAACAGCGAGCGUUUCCACGUGCUGCUACAGCCUCUGGUCGACCAGCUGGAGAACGAGCAGGGCGCCGAGGAGCGCCGCCAGCGGCGUGUGCACGGUCAUUUGGUGCCCUGUCUGGUGGCGUUCCUGGCCGCCGCCGGCGACGACUCACUCUGGAAGCCGGCCAACCACCAGCUGCUGCUGAAGACGCGCCACCAGUCGCCGCAGGUGCGGCUGGACGCCGUGGCCUCGCUCUCGGCCGUGCACGCCCGACUCGGCGACGACUACCUAGCGCUGCUGCCCGAGACGAUGCCGUUCCUGGCCGAGCUGCUGGAGGACGACGAGCCGCGCGUCGAGGCCGCCACCCAGGCGCUCAUCGGCCAGAUGGAGGCCACUCUGGGCGAGUCACUGCAGCAGUACUUCUGAGCCAGCCGGACCGCGGCCCGCGCGCGCAGUGCUCGACGCCGUGGUGGUGUGUCGGAAAUGUUUUGCCCGUCGGUGGCUGAUGGUAAAUGAAGCGGCAGCGGGCCCUC